AUGGAUUUAUUUACUAAUUAAUUAUCACAUUUCGUUCAAGGCUCAUUAAUUUUUGAACAAUUUAUUUGGAACAUACCUCUUAUUCUAUUAUGUGGUUUAGGAAUAAUAAAUGAAAUACAAAAUAUAACAUACAUUACCAUAUAAACAUCUGAAAAAGUUUUCAGCAGUUCAUCUGAGAAAAAUAUUUUAACAUUAAUUUCAAGACCCAAUACUUAUUUAAGCAAUAGUGUGGUUCUCUCUUAUUUUAUAACCAGCUAUUUAUGUGUUUUUUUUAUAAGUUGCAUUAUAUUCAUAUAUAUAGUUAAAUUUAGAUCUACAGAUACAUUAUUGAAAUUAUAAUAAACAUUUAAUAAAAAUAAUAGCUAGAAGAUAUUAAUGUAAUACAUAAAUAUAUCAAUUAAUUUAAUAAAAUAUGGUUUCGGAAUGAUGGCGAUAGAAUUAUGUUUAUAAAAUAUCAAAUCAAAUUUAGAUGAUAUAUUUCAGAUCACAUUAAAUAUUAUAAAUAUUAUUACAAUUCUAAUAACUCUUAUAUUUUUAACAAACAUGUUCACUUAUAAUUGGGCUUUAGAUUUUAAGCGUGAACAUUUGUUAAUCAAUGACUCUUGUCUUACAUAUUAUAGAAUCUUUAUCAAAUUCUUAUAAAUGAUUAUAAUUAUAAUAUAAGAAAAGCCUAAUUUGUACCUUGAUUAUAUUUAGAUAUUAUUACCAACAAUAUCAACCUUUUUAUUGAUUUAUUAGAUCUAAAUUUAGAAACAAUUAAUCUAUGGAUUAUAUUAUUCAAUAAUCUUGAUGGUAAAUAUUAUUACUUUGACUAUAAGUUUUUAGUGUUUAUUUGAACUGAUUUGCCCUUAAUAUCAAUUUAAAUCAUUAUGGAUUCUUUUAUCAAUCUUACCUUAUAAGAUAUUUGUUUAUAAUAUUAAAAGAGAAUUAAUUUUUAAUUUCAUCAAUUUUUACUCAUGUAACAUUAAAAAUUGUAAUCAUGUUUUAUUUUAAAUAAUUUAUAAUAUUAGUUAAGGCAAGCAUACUUUUCAAUCAGAUAUGGUAUUUUUAAUGUUUCUUUAGAAACAUACAGCAAUAUGUAAAGAUUCUAAAUGUAAGUGCAGAUUUAGACUUUAAGAGAAAUAAUUUCAAACUUUAUCAUAUGAAAUAUUCUUUAAGGAACUUUUAUAAAAAUAUUAACAACAAUUAUCAUAAAGAAAUGUUUCAGAAUCAUUAAUAUUCAGUUAUUUAUAAUUACUAUUUUUUUAAAAGAAAUACCUUCUCAUUUAUUAUUAUUUCAGAAUAAUUUUUCAUAAAACUACUAAAUAAUAAUAAAAUCUAAACAUAGAUUCUUAAAUCAAGAAAUCUACUAUUCAAAUCAAUUCAUUAAACAAACUUUUUAUUUUAAAAGUUGCUUAAGACCUUUAAAGACUUGAUAUAUAAUAGUAGUUCUAAAAUUAAAAAUCAUCCUUAAAAGUUGAAUCCUUACAGAAUCACCUUUGUAUUUAAGAAUAUUUAAGAACAACAAAAUAAAAUGAAUUUAUUAAAGAAAUAUUAUUAAAGAUAAUAUAAAUAAAAAUUGAUUAUUUUGAAUGUUUAAAUUUAUAAAAUAUAUAAAAAAACUUAGAGCAACUUGCAUUAAAAUCAAUAUCAACAUAAAUAGAAGGAUUACAAAUACUCAAAGCUUCAUUAUCAUCAAGUUAAAGUAAAUAUUAUAAUUAAUUAAAGCUCAAAGAUAUUCAAAUAUUUUAAGGUUUUAUUAUAUGGAAAUAUUAAAUGACUUGAUUUCUGCACAAUCAAUUAUUUCACCUCAAAAUACUGAAGAUGAAUAUGUAAUAAAAACUAUUGAUUCCAAUUCUUUUAAUUAGUUUUCUUUUAUGAAUGUAGUAAUUUAAGAUUUAGAUAACAUUUAGAUUACCAAACAUAAAUAUCAUUAAUCUGAUUAACCAAAGGAAUUAAUUUAAUUAAGUUUUGAUUAAAUGAUACCAAAUUAUAUAAAAUUAAUUCAUAAAAAGUUAAUCGAGAAAUUUAUAUCAGGCAUGGAAAAUAAAUAUUUUUAAUAAAUUAAUUAAGCUUACAUUGAAUAUUAAUCAGGUCUUUGUAGAAAAAUAGAUUUAAUCAUGGAUUUAAGCCAAUUAAAUUUACAAUCAAUUGAAAUAAUUUUAUUCUUCUAAAACAAAAAUGAAAGUACUCAUAGUAUCUUUUUAGAUGAGAAUUAAUAAAUUAUUAAUAUAGAAGAAGAACUAUUUUGUCAUAUAUUAGAUAUUGAUAUAAUAUUUUUUAAUUAGGUAUAUGGAAUGAAUAUCAGUGUAUUUUUUUUAAAUUUCUCCUCUAUUAAAUUUAAUGAAAAACAUUUCUCCAUUUUUUUUCAUUUUUUUGAUUCAAAAAAGUUGAACUUGUUAAGUUAAAGAAAUAUUGAUUAUUCAAAAUUUCCAUAGAUGGAUAUGAUAUUAUAUAAAUGUGAUCUUGAAAUUAUAUAGAGAUAAAUUAUGUAGGGAACAAUUUUUUAUUAACUUAUUUUAUCAAAUGUUAAAAAAGUUAAUAACACUGGUAUGGAUAUCAUAUAAAAUAAAUAAAAGUAAAAUGAUUGCCUUAUAUUUGAUGAAUCCAUUAUUAUUGAAAAACCUUUAAAUUUUGAUUAACAAUUUAAUCACUAUAAUUUAAUUAGUUAUUAGAAUAAUAAUAAGUCAGAUAUUAUAUCAUAAGUUGAUGUUAUUAACAAUUUUUAAUAAAAUGAUAUCUUAUUUACUCCAAAGAUUGAGGAGGAGCAUUGCAUUCUAAGUCAAGAGGGAGAUAAAAAAACAGUCUUAAAAUGUAAUGAUGUUAAAUAACACUUUGAGCCUGCUUCAUUACAAUCCUCUUUAUCAUCUAUUCAAAAAUCACAAUAUUAUCGACAAUUUUCAUUGGUUUAUAGUUUAUCCACUUGUAAGAGACUACCAAAAAUUUUUCUGAGAAAAACAAUUUAGAGAUUGUUAUUUAUAAUAAUUUCAAUUAUAGGAUUUAUGUUGGUAAAAAAAUUUAUUUAAUUUUUAGUAUUUUUAAGUUGUUAGCAAUUUUGAUCAAAUUUUAAAUGAUUUUAAAUUACUUAGUUUUAAAAACAAUAUCUUUUAACCAAUAUCAACUUUCACUCUAAUAAGAUUUUCAAUAAUUAAUUAUAAUAUUGAAUUAUAUUAUAAUUUAGUUACAAAAUAAUAGUUUGAAGAAUAUUUAGUAUACCCUAACUCUAAAAUUUUAGGAAGCUAUGAUAAAUUAAAAUCAGAAAUUACAAAAUUUUUAGAACAAUAAUUAUUUUUCAGUCACUAUUCAAAAUUAUUAUUGUAAUUGGAAUUCUAAGAGUAUGAAAGUUAUGGAAGUUUAUAAGAAUUAAAUUUAAGAAAUAGUCUAAUCACUUUACUAAAUUAUUAAUAUGAUUCCUAAGUUGUUUAUAGUAAUGGAGGAACAGCUGAUUAAAGAAGUCCUUAUUUUUAUUAUUAAUAUAAAAACUUUAACUUACUUUUAAACGCAUUUUCAUAUGUAGAUAAAUAAGCCUUACUUUCUUUAAUAUUAGACUCUUAGUAUUAUUAAACCUAAAUAUUAAAUAUUAUGAUUUAUACUCUACUUUCAAUGAGUAUUAUGCUAUUAUUGAUUUCAAUGUCUCAUUAUUCUUAUUGUUUAUAGAAAGAAGCUUUAAAAUUAUUAUUAUUUAAUUAGGAACAUAAUUAUAUUAUAUCAGAUAUUUAGAGGUUAUAAAAUCUUAAAGAAUUAGUAAUAAGAGACUACAAUUAAAUAUUACAUUAUAAAUUUAAUUUUUAAGAGAAAGACUCUCACUUCAAAAAUAUAAAAUUGUUAAUUUCAAAAUCAAAUUAAAAAAAGAAAAAAAUAGUAUUGCCUAUUGAUUUCUUUAAUUUAAAAACAUAUUUGCUUAUUAUAUCACAUUUUUUAAUUCUAAUAGCAAUAUAUGUAGGAUUAUAUAUAUCAUUGUCACAGACAUAUAUUUUAAUAAGGAAUGCUGCUCAAUAUUAUUAAUAACUUACUAGAUUGAAUAUCAAUAUACUAGUCAUGUAUUCAUCAAGAGAAGUCUUGUAUUAUAAACAAAACUUUACAUUUCUUACUCAAAAGGAUAUAGAUUAAUAUUAUGAGAAUUGUAAAUAAGGAAUAAGUGAGUUGGAAGAUUAUGUUGCAAAUUUAUGGAAUUAUUAAUAAGAUUCUUAUAUUAUUGAUAACAAUUUUAAUUAACUUAUCAAUAAGUUUAAUGAAGGAAAUCUUUGUAAUUAAUUAGAGGUAUAUAUUUUUAAUAAUUAUUUUAGGUGAUAGAUUAAACCUUGACAAUAUGUAAUAACACACUUUUUGGUAUUCUAUAAAAAGGAUUAACAUCAACUAUUAUAGAUAUUAAAAAUUCUUUUAAAUAAGAAUUUGAAUAAAAAAAUUUUACUAAUAGAAGUUCAUUUCCAAUAUAAGAAUUAGAAGGCAUCACUAUUGUUAGUUAAGCAUUAUAAUAUUUAAUAGAAAGUUUUUAUGAUCUUUUGUAAGAUAAAAUUUUGAAUUAAUAAUUUUAAUAUAAUGUAAAUAUUCAACAUAUUAUUAAUAGAUAUUUAUUAUAAUUUGUUUGGUUUUUUGUGUAAUAUAUGGAUUAGUAUUACUAAACUUUACUUUAAAAUUUGAAUAUAAAAAAUCUGAAGUAUUAUUGA